AUGUAUUUGCCAAUUUAACCAAAAUAUAGGAAAAAUUUUUCCAAAAAAUCCUCAAAGACCCCAAAUCAGGCAAAUAAAGUCUUGAAGGGGCCGAAGCGGCCGCUUUGCCCUCUGCAAGCUUACACUGAAGAUGAUCACUCUUGAUAAGUACAAGAAUUGGAAGUUCAAGCGUCUACAUAAGUAUGCAGGAACUCCUUCUUCAGAGCACAAAUCUGAAGCCUCUAAAAUGCCUAAGCCCAGAUUCAUAAAUAAAAGCCAGAGGAUUGCUAGAGAGAACAAGGACAAGCACAUGAACUUUAGUCGAGAAGAUUUGAAAAUUGAUGAUCCAGAAGAGGGACCUUUAAAACCACUCGUGUCGAGGAAGACCCUAGAUGAGAAUAGAAGGAAAUUAUACACAAGUGAGGUUGCUAAGAGAAGUACCAAACUCCAAAAAGACCCGAUAGAUUACAUGCGAUUUAAAUUUAUUAAGAACGGUGUUCGUAAAAGACCAAUGACUUAUAAAAAGACUAAGAGGACUUCUAAGAGGAGCCACACUACUUUACGAAACUUGAGUAACUUUACAGGGAGGAUGAAGUCAAAGCAUCCUCUAAUGAGGCAUAUGAGACACCCGCUCAGGUCCUCUCUAGAUCAUUUGACAUUUAACCAGAUCAAAUUAGAAAGGAUAAAGCAAGAAAGAAGAAUCGAACAGGCUCAAAAGAGAUGAAUGGCACUCAAAAGCAACCAUGACUAUAUUGAUAAUAAAGUUGAUUUCCAGAUAAAGACCUCCUUCACAUCUGCUAACUCUACUAAGGUAGGCAUCCGGCUCGGAAAAGAGCAUAAUAGCCUUGGAAAUAUCUCUGAAGGGAACAACAUUUUCGAGCAGGACCAGACACUAGAAAAGGAUGAUAAACAAGACUCUGAAGAAAUAGAGAAUAAUAUACAGCCUGAAGAGCCUGAUCACGCUCAACGGGUUCAGAACACUAGUUUUUCACCCUCAUCUCAGGCUAAUAAUGGGUUUGUUAAAAUCCAAAAUGGCAAGAUAGCGCCUUUAAAAAUCAGGACUAAAUGCGCUGCCCUUCUACAAUACGAAAAGAAGCGGAAGAGAGCCCAAAAGAUUCGUGCCCAGAGUCUCGCCUUUGACAAGAUCUCUAAGAAGAGGUCUAAUCAAGAGAGGAAGCGGAAAGAGAGGAAGAGGAAGCUAGUCCAGUCUAUGGAGGAGAAAUCUAAAAUGAUAAUCGAGCAAAAAUAAGAAAGCGAAGCAUGAUGAACUUAAGCUAAAUGAGUGGAUGACGAUCCAGAACGAGCUUUCAGCCCUGGCCAAAAGGAAUGCGCAGAUGGCUAAGAUUACGAAGAUGCAGCAGAGAUUGAAGAAGAAGAUCAAGACUAAGCAAGAGCAAUACUCUGAGUUGAUUGAUCACUUCUAAGAGGGAUGUUGAAUGUAGCUGGCAAUUGCCACAAGUCCUCUAUUAAAGACCCUUCAGUUUU